AUGAGCGAUAAUAAGAAAAGAAAAGGUGGCGCUGAACGAGAGAGGGAAAAAAGUAAAAAGUUAUUGAUGUUAAGUGGAAAACAAUGUAUGAAAUUAGAUUCAUAUUUUGGUAAACGGAAUCCAGUUACACUUUCAACGGAUUCUGAAAAUAUCUCUGAUCAUAAUAAUUUAUCAUUUGAAACGGAUCAUACUUCUCAAGAUAUUAACGAGUUUACUAACGAUGAAAAAAUAUUAGAUUCCAAAAAUAGUAGUUCUGCUCUAAUGCAACUUCAACAUGACACUCCGGUUAUCAAUCCAGAAAAAAACGUAGAAUUAAACAAAUUUAAGAAACCAAAUUCUCAUAAUUUAAUGUAUUUUUUUCAAAUUCAUCCGGUACAACCGUCUGAUGAUUCAAUUUUACCAUUUUCGAGUAAAAAGGUAUUUUUUCGUAACAACAAAUUAAAUAGGAAUUGGUGUACAUACAAUGAGCAUUCAAAACAAAUAUUUUGUUCCGUUUGUUUGGCUUUUUCGACUGACAGUAAUGCAUUUACUAAUGGUAUGAGUGACUGGAAACAUGUAUACCAGCGUAUUUCAGAACACGAGGCAAGUAAAUGUCAUAUGCAAUGCUCUGAAGCUUAUUUUAUGCAUGUUAAACAAAAAAAUAUUGGAAAUUUAUUAUUAAAUGACCAAAAAAGAAUACAAAGAGAAGAAGUUAAGAAAAAUAGGGCAGUACUUGAGAGAAUUAUUGAAGUUAUCAAGGUUAUUGGAAAACGUGGUUUAAGUAUACGAAGUAAAAAUAAUGAAGCUGCAUAUUUACUCAAUGACCCUAUCUUAGAUCAUGGCAAUUUUCUUGAAAUGAUUAUAUUAUUAAAUAAUGUAGUUACAUCAAUCUCUUCAUUAAUAAAGUCUACUAUUUCAAAUCAAAUAAAACAAUCAGAUAUGUUUUCUGUUUUAAUUGAUACUACCCAGGAUAUCUCGGUGAUGGACCAGUGUUCAAUUGUACUAAGGUACGUAAUACAUGGAGAAAUAAAUGAAAAAUUAGUCGCUGUUAAGUGCUGUACUGAUUCUACAGGGGAAGGUAUGAUGAAGUUAUUACAAUCUGCAUUAUUUUCAUUAGACAUAAACAUUACUCGUUGUAUUGGGAACGCUACAGAUGGCGCAGCUAAUAUGCAAGGCAUGUAUAAAGGUUUUACGUCUUGGCUUAGCAAAACAGCACCCGAACAAGUUCAUGUUUGGUGCUAUAGCCACGUUUUAAACUUGGUAAUAUGUGACGCUACAAAAAACCCAGUUAAAGUAGCAACGUUCUUUUCUAUCAUUAAUUCAUGUGCCGUAUUUUUUAAAGAAUCAUACCAGCGUAUGAAUAUUUGGAAGUCAAUAAGUAAUAAUCAUCACGAUAAUAUUCGAAAUAAACGUCUUCAAAUCAUCGGAGAAACGAGAUGGACCGCAAAGCAAACAGCCCUUAACAGAAUUUUUGGUACUUAUGAUAAAUUUGACGAUGCUUUGUAUACUGAGUUGAUUAUUUGUCUAUCUAAAAUAUCUAAUAAUGAAGGUUUUAAGCCCGAUAUUCGAUCUAAAGCUAACUGUUUAUUGUCAUCAUUAUUGAAGUAUGAAAAUAUCCUCAUUGCACAUAUGUUUAUGAAAAUAUUUUCUAUAACAGGUCCCUUAUCAAGAUAUUUACAAACAAGUGGCUUAGAUUUAUUAAAAUGUCAACAAAUGGUCGAAGGCACUUUAAAACAAAUAGAAAAAUUCCAACGAGAUAUGGAAAAUAUAAAAAUAACAUGUGAUAAGUUUAUAGAAAAGGCUCAACGCAUUAUUGAUUUAGAAAUUGAAAAUACUGAAGAUGAAAAAAAUAAGAAAGAUUUAGAAAUGUGUGAUAUUCAAGAUCAGUUUGAAAAUAAACGUAUUCAAAGAAAGAAAAGGAUGUCUACUUAUGAAACAAAAGAUGAACCAAUAAUUAAUGCUGCAAAAAAAUUUGAAGUUGAAGUUUAUAAUAAAGUAUUUGAUGCUAUUAUACGAAGUAUGACUACAAGGUUUAUUAAAAAUAAUACAUUAUACUUUGAUCUUUCUCUUUUAUCGCCAAACAAUUUUGAAUCAUUCAAAAAUGGAAUACCGAAAGGUGCAUUAUCUACAUUAUCUUUGAAACUUAAAUCAUUUAUUGAAUGUAACAAUGAUGUUGAACAAAUUAAAAGCAGUUUAUAUAGUGAAAAUUCUGAUGACAAAGAAGAUUCAAAUUCAUAUAAAAUAAAGCCAUGCAAAAGUUGUCAAAAUUGUCCUCUUUGUUGUUACAAGGCCUUAAUUAAAUAUAGUUUAUUUUCUAACACAUAUCCAACUUUGAUGUUGGCAUAUCAAUUCUUACUGACAUUACCCGUAACACAAGUUGCGUGUGAAAGAUCAUUUUCAACACUGAAGUAUAUAAAAAACCGAUUAAGAAGUACGAUGAGCAACGAACACUUAGAAAAUUUUAUGUUAAUGGCAAUCGAGAAAAAAACACUAGUCGAACUUAACAAUGACGAAAUAAUAAACUCUGUUGGAGAAAAGAGAAUUGAAAAUUUUGAGUGGCCUGGAGAAAAUUAA